UACAACAUGGCUGCGUCCGGGAGGCACGUAGGGCACUAUAUGCAGAGAAAUGGACGCUUUUUGACAAAUAACUUGGAGCAGUUGUGGAGUCACAGGAGUUUUGGUUGGACUCCAUCUCUGCGACAAACAGCUGUGGAGGCUAAUAAAGAAUCUACAGAGAAUAUUGUUAUCCCCAGAAAGAAAACAUGGAGCAAAGUGGCUGUGCUGGAGGCUCUGGCUUCGACUGUUGGCAGGGAUCCUACAGCAUUCAACUAUAAGUUCCAGGAUGAUUCUUACCUCUCUCCUGGGACCUUGACUGAGUUUAAAUUGUACAGUCUCUCACAGGAGUCUGGCAGAACAGCAGCCAAAUUCUUUAUCAACAGCAAUCCCAAGUUCUUCACUGAAGACUUUGCUGAGCCGCAUAUACCAUGUCUGAUGCCAGAGACGGUGUCACCGCUUAUUGAGGAGGUGAGCGAGGAGGCUCUGAAGGAACGAAUCAACCUGAGGAGAGUCAAAGCUGCUGUUGAUCUGUAUGACCAGCUACUGCAAGCUGGCACAACCGUUUCCAUGAAAACAACCCAUGACCUGUUAGAUCUAAUCUGUCUUUACUGUGACAAAAACCCUGUCCAGGAGGGGGACACAGAGGCAGAGGAUGUGGAGGCGGUAGAAGGCAGAAACAAGAGGAAAGUGAAGCUCCGUGAGUAUUUAGACUCUCAGGAGUGCACCUGGAAAGAAAACAACAGUGCAGAGAGAAUCUUUAAUGUGCUGCCAGAGAGAGACGCACACUGUUACGCUGCUCUAAUCAGAGGCAUGGUGAAGCAUGGAGCCUACGCCAAGGCCUUCAGCAUGUACACUGACUUACUUAACGAAAGGUUGACUGCUGAUGUCCAUGUCUUCAACGCACUGAUUUUAGCAGCUCCUCAUGUCCAAGACAAAUACAGCGAGCGAUGGAACCUGAUUGAGGAUUUACUGAAGCAGAUGAAUCAACAGAAAGUUCAGCCCAACCUGCUGACCUUCAACUGUGUCCUGAAGUCUCUGAGACUGUGUGGCUCUUUGGGCAAAGCAAAAGCUCUGCAUACCCUGAAUGAGAUGAUGGCUGUGGGAAUAGCUCCCAGUCUGGCCUCCUUUGAGCACAUCCUGGUACUCUUUCACAGAUCAGGCUCCUCUGGUCAGCCUCCUACUGACCUCUUACAGGAUAUCUUGUCAGAAAUUAAAGGGACAAGUUUCACAUGUCAGGACCCUGAAGAUGAUCGAUUCUUCUCUUUUGCAAUGAAAGUAUGUCUGGACGCUAAAGACAUGGAGCUGGGUUAUAAAGUACAGAGUCUCGCAGAAGUGGGUAAUAACUGGAGGUUGCUGGGAGAUCCCUACCUACAGGGUAUUUAUUACGGUCGCUUCUUCAGUCUGUUGUGUUUGAUGGAGCACAUUGAUGUCAUCUUGAAGUGGUACAAACAGCUUGUUCCCUCGUUAUACUACCCAAGCUUUCAAUCGUGUAAAGGCCUGCUACAGGCUCUGGAUGCAGACAACCGCCUUGAUUUGCUGCCCCAAUUAUGGAAAGACUUCAGAUCUCUUGGUCAUGAUAAGAGGCCACAGCUGGUGGAGGAGUUGCUCACACUCAUGGCCAGAGAGAAGCACAGCCCUGAGGUUCAGGAGAGGUUUGCAGAGUGUGCUCUCGAUAUAAAGGGUGUGUAUGACGAUGAAAGAGGGAGGACCAGUCUGCAGUGGAACGCUACCUCCCUCACACACAUCACCUCACUGCUGCUGAGAGCCAACAAGACCCAACAGGCCUGGGAGAUGCUGCAGCUCUUUACGUCCAACAACAGAGUUCCACCUGACGAGCUGUUGAAGAACUUCCUGUCAGUGUGUCACAGCAGUGGUUCUGUUCAGACAGCAGUGGACCUGGUGCAGCUGUCUGCAGCCUUCUGUCUGCCUGCAACAGCAGAGCUGGCAAAACAAACACUGGCAGACUUCAAACUGACCGAGGAGCAAAGAGCCGUUGUAUCUGAACUGGCGUCAACAGGAGAAUCAUUUGACUGAAGGAGACAACACUGGGUGACCAACUGUGACACCAGUAUCACUCGUAACCGAACCUAAAAUUCACUGAUAAUCUGCUGAAUCCAUAAACUGUACUUCUUUCUAUAUCUGUGUAAUAAACAGAAUGUGACAUUUA